AUGGGAUUACUUGGACGUUUUCAAUCAUCAUCAUUUACACCAGAUAUUAAUGGUAUUAUUUUAGCAGCACAUCGUGAUAAUUAUGUGAUAUUAAAAUUAUUACUUGAUCGUGGUGAACGAAUUUGCAAACCACAUGAUUUACGUUGUGCAUGUCAUAUAUGUACACAAUCAAGACGUGAAAAUGGUUUACAACAUUCUAAAUUACGUAUUAAUACAUAUCGUGCAUUAACAAGUCCAUCAUUUAUUUUAUUAACUAGUAAUGAUCCAAUUUUAACAGCAUUUGAAUUAAGUUGUGAAUUAAAAAAGUUAGGUGAACUUGAAAAUGAAUUUAGAACAGAAUAUGAAGAAUUAGAAGCAAAAUGUCAAAAAUUUGCUACAGAUAUGUUAGCACAAACUCGUAGUUCUGCUGAAUUAUCAAUUGUUUUAAAUCAUAAUACUGGAGCUGAUGUAUCCAAUUGUCAUGUGAAUGAAUUCAGUCAACAAUCAUUAUUAACAGAAGAUAUCAGUGAGAGGAUGCAAUUGUCACGAUUGAAAUUAGCUAUAAGAUAUGGACAAAAACAGGUAGUCAAUGAACUUUGGAAUCUUAUUUUUGUCGAUUUUUCAAAAGUUUCUGGGUUGUCAUUGGAUCAUCUACCUAAAUCAUAUCAAAGUGGUAGACAAAAGGCUUAUGUUACUAUGAAAUAUGAAUCAUGUAUAUGUCAUGUUGCAGUCAUGAAGAUUGGAAACCAACAGAACAGAGCUUACCUAUUCGAAAUUGUUCAAUCACUAUAUUGGUCUGCUUAUGGUUUGAUUGAUUUGACAAGUUUCAAUUUGGAAUAUCCACAUGUAUUUACGGAGUUUGUAGGUAAACUGACAUUUGGCACUUAUUCUUAUAUUGCUUUCAUUGUUUUGUUGAAUAUGUUAAUCGCAAUGAUGAAUAAUUCAUAUGAACAAAUUGUUGGUCAAGUUGAUAUUGAAUGGAAAUUUGCUCGAUCCAAAUUAUGGAUUAGUUAUUUUGGUGAAGGUUGUACUGUACCAGUCCCAUUUAAUAUUAUACCUACACCAAAAACAUUUAUGUAUAUGUUAAAUUCAAUGAAAAAUUUCUUUUUAAAUUGUUCUAAAAAGAAAAAAUUACAUCAUAAUCAUUGGGAAACAAUACGAUUACGCAUAAAACAAGUGAAAGAAUGUGAAUUACGUUAUCGAAAUGUGAUGCAUGAAUUAACUAAACGUUACAUCAUGCAAAAAUUACAAUCCAAUGAAAAUGAUUUAGUUAGUGCAGAUGAUUUAAGUGAAAUUAAAGGUGAUAUUAGUGCAUUUCGACAUGAAUUAUUAGAUAUACUGAAAUCGAAUGGAAUGAAAAUACCAGCAUAUCAUAAAACAGUAUCUAAACUUAGACGUGGUCGAGAAACUUAUCAACUAUCAGAAAUACAAGAAAUGGUACGUGGUAAAAAAACCAAAGAAUCAAUAAAACGAACUAGUAUCAACCAUGCAAAACAUUCCAAACCAUUAAUAUUGGAACAUUCAAUGCGUAAGAAAAUUACAACUUCUGCUAAAAUUAAUCAACAAGAUGAUAAUUUGAAUAAAAUCUCGUUACCUACUACUGGUACCAAUAUUAUGAGUAGUAAUAGUGGUAGUAGUGGUAGUGUAGGUGGUGUCAUUACUGGUCCAGUAGAUAAUCCAGCUUUUGAAAAUGAAGAAAUCAUUGUGAAUACAACUUCCACAAAUCCACCGAUCGAUUUAAAUGGAAAACAACUAGAAAAUCCAAUGUCAGUUUUAGAUCAUCAACACAAUUCAAUAUCGGAUGAUUUAACAAAUCAACAAUUGUAUCCUACUAUUAUUCCAUGUACAAGUACUGUAAUAUGUGAAGAAACGAUAGUUAACCAAACUGAUUCAAAAUUCAAUCUAUCUUCAAAUCAACCAGUUGACAAACAACUACAACAAACAAAUUUAAAACAACCGCCAUCUUCUCAAUUAUCCAGUAAAACAAUAACAUCUUCAAUAGUAAAUACAACAAAAGAUGAUAUGACAUCAUCUCAUUCAAAAAAUCUACCAUCUAUAAAUGAAACUGACAAUGACAUAGAUAAUAAGUCACAAUUCAUGCAAGAUAUUAUUGUAGAUAAAAGAGAAAAUAUAGAAAAUGAAAUCCAGAUGAAAUCAAUUUCCAAUAAACAACAAUUAAUUGAUCAGAAAAAUAUUUUGAAACAUUGUAAAUUGAACAAAACUCAUCAUCAGCAGCAGAAGCAGAAGCAAACAGAUGAUUGUUCACCGAUAAAAAAUCAACGUAGUGACAUUGUUUAA